AUGAUUCAGCAAACUAAGCCCCUCACCCUGGAGCACACCAUCAACCUAUACCCUCUUACCAAUUACACUUUUGGCACAAAAGAGCCCCUUUAUGAAAAGGAUAGCUCUGUUGCAGCCAGAUUUCAACGCCUGAGGGAAGAAUUUGAUAAAAUUGGAAUGAGGAGAACUGUAGAAGGAGUUCUGAUUGUACAUGAACACCGCCUACCUCAUGUGUUACUGCUUCAGGGAACAACCUUCUUCAAAUUACCUGGUGGUGAACUUAAUCCAGGAGAAGAUGAAGUUGAACGACUGAAACACUUAAUGACAGAGAUACUAGGUCGUCAGGAUGGAGUCCUGCAAGACUGGGUCAUCGAUGACUGCAUCGGUAACUGGUGGAGACCAAAUUUUGAACCACCUCAGUACCCAUAUAUUCCUGCACAUAUCACAAAACCUAAGGAACAUAAGAAGUUGUUUCUGGUUCAGCUUCAAGAGAAAGCCUUGUUUGCUGUUCCUAAAAAUUACAAGCUUGUAGCUGCACCAUUAGAUGCAGCAAAGCCGCUGAGCUUCAUCUCUGCUAAGCCUGAGGACCGCCUCACCCUUACCAGCUGGGAGUGUUCACUUUAA